AUGUCAAUAGCUUCGCCACGUGCUAGUGUCUCAGUUCGUAGCCCCUCAUCCACACGCGCCUCCUUCGACUCCACACGACCUCCGCCAGCGCGUCGCAAUCGAACAGCGCUACGCGAGUUCUAUGGUCUCAAAGCUACCAAAGAUGCGGAUGCAAAGAUCUCGGAAGAGUCAGCGAGGACGGGACUGGGUCCCGAGGAAGACGAGACGCUGACGGAGCUCGACUCUGCCAAUUUCAACGCCGAGGCCUUCGUGGACAGCUUGCUAGCAAAGGAGGGCUUGAAAGGCGUUUUGAAGACGGAAGCCGAUCUGAUGUCACAGAUACGCAAUCUCGACAGCGACAGAAAGUCACUCGUGUACGACAAUUACUCUAAGUUGCUCUCUGCGACAAGUACUAUCCGACGCAUGCGUGGAAGCAUGGAUCCACUAGCUCCUACGACACACACUCUUGGACCUGCAAUGUCACAUAUCGCCGAGACUGCCGCCUCGCUGUCCUCCUCAAUGCAGAGCGUGCAAAAGAAACCCGAGGGCCUGGGAAUCGAAAUACGCAUCGAGGGAGAGGGAGCGGACAAGGAACAGUUUGUCAAAAAGCAGAAGCAGAAGGAGACUGUCAGAUGGGUUCUGAACACGCCACGACGCCUGCGUCAGAUGAUCGAUCAAGAGCAGGAUGAUGAAGCAGAGAAGGAGUGGGAACAAGUCAGCAAGAUCCUCGAUCAGUGGACAGGCGUCGCAGGUGUCCAAGAGCUUAGAGAAGAGUGUGAACGCAUUUUAGAGGAGGAUGACGAGUCAGAUUGA